AAAAAAUCCUUUCUUUUUCUUUUUAACUCUGAAGCAUAUUUUUAAUCAAUGACAACCAUCGAUAGCAAGCCUAAGAAUAAGCCAUUCAUGCGCACUGUCAAGUUCUGGCAAAGGUCUACUACAGCUACUAGCACUGAUAAUAACCAGUCCGUCAUGAAUGAUGCCAUGGACCAGGGCAGCGAAGGGAAGGAAGAAGCAUUGGUGCCUAGGACAGAUAGCAGUAACAGCAACAAUAGCAAUAAGAGUCGUAACAGUGUUGGUUUUACUCUGAGUUUUGGUAGAAAAAAAUCAUCAGACAAACAUGCAAACAAUGUUCCACUCGUUGAAUCAACAAAGGAAGAAGUAUAUAAAUUGUCAAUUAUUGAUGACUCAGGCAUCUACAUGCCGCCGUCGCCUACAGUUGAAUGUAAAAAGGAUCAUUGGAUUGAUAAUGAGGAUAUCAUGGAUUUUCAUAUCCCCAGUUCUGAAUGUUUAACGAGUCAUGUCACAGAAAAGCAUGAUUUUUUCACACCCUCAAGUUUUGUUGAAUGCCAGCCCUACAUUUUCCCUAUUGCUCAAAUGUCAGUCAGUAGCUUCUCCUUAUCCUCAUCCUCAAUUCAAGAUGAUGAAUACUUAGACUUGACUCCCUCUAGUUCAAUGACAACAACAGACUCAUAGCUUACUACAUACUACUAUUUAAUAUUAACUUUAAUAAUAAUAAACAUCAAUAUUAUGUCAUUCAUGUCGUUUGUGGAAGGAACCAAUGAAUGCUUAAUAAAAAUAAGCUUGCAGCACAUGAUGUAAUCUUAUUCAUAGAAAAACGUAAGCAAUGAUUUAGCAAAGC